AUGGAACUUUUGUCUUUUGGAGUAGAAAAGCUAUGGGACAGACUAAGCCAAGAAUACGAGCAAUUUCAAGGAGCCGAAGAUCAAGUAACUGAACUAAAAAGUAAUCUAAACCUAUUAAAGUCAUUUUUGAGAGAUGCAGAAACUAGGAAACAUACAAGUCAGAUGGUGAGAAACUGUGUGGACGAGAUAAAGGAAAUUGUUUAUGAUGCUGAGGAUAUUAUCGAAACGUUUAUUCUCAAGGAAGAAGACGGAAAAAAAAGUAAGAAGAUCAUGAAGCGCAUACGAAGAUUUGCUUCCAGUAUAGUUGAUCGAAGACGAUUUGCAUCCGAUAUUGAAGGCAUAAGUAAGAGGAUCGCCAAAGUGAUUCGAGAUAUGAAGAGUUUUGGAGUACAUGAAAUAAUUGCCGAUGACAGGCGGUCUGUAUAUCCACUACAAGAACGAGAAAUGGAGCUGCGACAACAAUUUGCUAGUGACCACGAAAGCAAUCUUGUAGGACUGGAAUCAAAUGUUAUGAAACUGGUUGGGUAUUUGUUGGAGGAUGGUGACAUUCAGAUUGUCUCAAUCACUGGAAUGGGUGGUCUUGGGAAAACCACCCUUGCUAGACAAGUUUAUCUUCACGAGAAGGUUAAGAAUAAUUUUGAUAGACUCGCAUGGGUGUGUGUUUCGCAAAAUUUUACCCGGAAGACUGUUUGGCAAAUGAUCUUGCAGAAUCUCACAUCUAAAGAAAGGAAAGGUGAAAUCUUGCAAAUGGAAGAAUCUGACCUCCACGAUGAACUCUUUCGAUUGCUAGAAACAUCUAAAUCAUUGAUUGUCUUCGAUGAUAUAUGGAAAGAAGAAGACUGGAACCGAAUCAAGCCAAUAUUUCCACCCAGAAAAGGUUGGAAAGUGUUACUUACUUCUCGAAAUGAGAGUGUCGCAAUGCGUACAGAGACAACAAAUAUCAACUUUAAACCCGAAUGCCUAACUAUUGAAGAAAGUUGGACACUUUUUAGAAGCAUAUUAUUUCCCAGGAAAAAUGCAUUCAAAUUUCAGGUUGAUGAGGAAAUGGAAACGAUGGGUAAGCAAAUGAUCAAACAUUGUGGCGGGUUGCCUUUGGCUGUCAAAGUGUUAGGAGGAAUUUUAGCUACACAAUACACACCGCAUUAUUGGAGAAGAGUUUUUGAGAAUAUUGGAACCCACAUCGUUGCAAGACAUAGCUUCAGUAAAGAAGACAACAUAUCCUUUAACUAUAUAAUGUCUUUGAGCUUUGAAGAGUUGCCUGUUCAUUUGAAGCAAUGUUUCCUCUACCUUGCUCAUUUUCCUGAAGAUUAUGAAAUACAUGUAGAGAAAUUAUCUUAUCAUUGGGCAACGGAAGGAAUAUCCCAACCUAGGAACUAUGACGGAGCAACCAUCCGAGAUGUUGCUGAUGGCUACAUAGAGGAGUUAGUGAGGAGAAACAUGGUCAUUUCUGAAAGAGACAUCAUGACUAUGAGAUUUGAAACGUGUCAAUUACAUGACAUGAUGAGAGAAGUUUGUUUGUUUAAGGCUAAAGAAGAGAAUUUCCUACAAGUUGCUGGUACUAACUCUUCGAUUGCACCCUCUCAAUCUCUUGCACACUCACAAUCUCCUAGCACGUCUCGGAGGCUCGUCUUACACAAUCCUACGACGAAAUUACAUGUUGAGCAAGUUAUAAAGAAUCCAAAACUUCGAUCUAUCGUGAUCAUAUGGAAUGAUAUUCGAAGAGGUUGGAUGCUAUCAGGCUUAACCCUUACGAGGUUACAACUGAUGAGGGUGUUAGAUCUCUCUAAAGCCGAAUUUGAAGGAAAGAAAUUACCUUCUAGCAUUGGCAAGCUCAUCCACUUGAGAUAUUUGAGCUUAGAAGGAGCUGUGAUAUCUCAUCUACCAUCUUCUCUAGGAAAUCUAAAGUUACUUAUCUAUCUAAAUUUAGAUGUCUUUGUACGAUCCGCAGUCGUGAGGUCUGUAUUUAUGCCAAAUGUCUUGAUGGGUAUGCAAGAAUUGAGAUACCUUGCAUUACCGCGGUAUGAACUUGAAACCGUCGAGUUGGAAUUGGGCAAGCUUAUAAACAUGGAGACCUUGAAGAAUUUUUCAACUGAGAAAUGUCGUUUAGUGGAUCUCCAUGGUAUGGCUAGGUUGAGGACUCUCAGCAUCAUUUUAAAUAGUGAGACCAACGUAGAAACUCUAUCUGCAUCAAUAGGUGGAUUGAGACACCUAGAAAGUCUCAAUAUCGAGGAUCCCUUGUAUAAAAGGAUGAUAGAAGAGGUUAUACCUUUUGGUUGCAAGAAAAAGAGGUUGCUAGAAGAGGGAUUGGUUCUGAAUCGUCAUCAUCUCAACAAGUUAGAGAUAAGUAUAUAUAUGCCAAGGUUACCUGAUGAGAAACACUUGCCCUCUCACCUUACAUGCCUAGAUUUGCGUGAGUGUCGUUUGGUGGAGGAUCCAAUGCCGAUACUAGAGAAGCUGCUUCACUUGAAAGAGGUUUGCCUAUGGUCGCGAUCUUUCUGUGGGACAAGAAUGAUUUGCUCGGAAGGUGGCUUUUCUCAAUUGUAUAAGCUUUUAUUAUCUGGACUACGUGACUGGAAAGAGUGGAUAGUAGAAGAAGGUUGCAUGCCCCUUCUUCAUACUCUAAAGAUUGAUCGCUGUGAAAAGUUAAAGGAGCUUCCUGAUGGUCUAAGGUUUAUUACUUCCUUAAAAGUACUGAGUAUUGGAAGGGGGUGGAAGGAGGAAUUGUCGGAAGGACAUGAAGAUUAUUACAAAAUCCAACACAUUCCUUCGAUUGUAUACAUAAGUUGCUAAUAUUAGGAAUGAGACCUCUCAGCACUUACAUACCAGACGAGUCUCUUCCAAAGCGAAUCUAUUAUCAAAGGUGUCACAUCAGCGUAUGCUGCGUAUCUAUAUAACAAUAACAAUAAUAAACUCUUUGCAUUGUUCUCUUUUGUUAUAUUUAUCAAACUUACGAA